AUUUAGUGUCUCCUACUGCAACGUCUUUCGACGCGACUAUCGAGCACGACCUAAGAAGUGAUAAAACUCUUGCCAUAUAACAAGAUGUUGCCUCUAUCACUGCUGACAGCAGCCCAAAACAAACCUAUGCUCGUAGAGUUGAAAAAUGGCGAAACAUUCAACGGCCAUCUCGUCAAUUGCGAUAAUUUCAUGAACAUAACACUACGGGAGGUGUACCAAACGAGCGCAGACGGCGAUAGAUUCUGGAAGUUGAAGGAGUGUUAUAUUCGCGGCAGCACCAUAAAAUACUUGCGUGUACCGGAUACAUUGUUAGAUGCUGUAAAAGAGGAGCAAACCCGAGCACGAGAAGCUGGCCGAAAUGCGCGGGGAGGAGCAGGCGCAGGUAUGCGAGGAGGUGCGUCUGAGCUAAUCGUCCUGCUGUUUCAGGUUCGGCACACUGAUCAUGAUCCGUUCGUUCGCUUGUGUCCAUUAUCUUUGCACCACACGCCGUUUUCAUGGGAUAUCGAUAUGAUGCCUGUAAUUUCCACACAGGCCGAGGUGCUUCAUCAAGAGGAGGCCGUGGAGGUCCAAGAGGUAGCGGACAACGUGGACGAGGGCGUGGACGGGGAGGUUAGAUUCCUGCCGCGAUCAUCAUCCUGUGCAAUUCACUUUCAGGGUAUGUCAUACGUGACCCAUGCGUCUCCACUGCCAUACGUCAUUAUCCAGUACAUACUCAGUGCCGGAAUGAUCACAGUGUGUUGUCUAACCACUACUUAAUAAGAACGUGCAUAGCCAGAUAGUGCAUCUUUCUUCGGCCCCGCAUACUUGCACAGCUCACAUUUUGGGUGUUUCCUUG